AUGCCCUUUGAUGACGAUGACGAUUUUCUUGAAGCACUCGGGAUGGAACGCCUGUAUUCUGCCAUCGUUCACAUGGAAACACGCCCUCGAUUCCUCAGCCACCUCUUUCAUGCACUUGGGUCCUUAGCCAAUGAUGCGGAUAUCGGACAUAGCGACCACGGAUCGUGGCCCAUUGCCUCCCCACCACCAGUUACUCCAAGCAUGAUGUCGGACGUCGAAGUUCCGUGGUUAUACCUAUCGGGCAGCGAUCGCGAUGUCCCUCAUACGUCCAAUGCAAUGGACGUCGAGGAUGAGGAGUUGCCUGUGGCCACGGUGUCGCAAGGGAGUAUGGAGACGUCAUUCAAGCGCAAGCGGACAUUGUCACUUGCAUCUCCGCCAAAGACGGAGGGUGGCCGAGGGCCUUCUAAACGUCCCAAGGAAGGUACUCCCGUUCCCGUCGGACGUUCUGGUACCGCCGUGACUUUCUUGUCGAUACCAUCCAUCGACUAUCUCAGCCCCACUGGAUCUGCCUCUCCCGUUGGCCCAUCCGAUGAGCUUACUGACGACGCGACCUUAGGACAGCCUCUCGGAGAUACACCAGAAGGUGACGAGGCUGCUGUUGAGCCCAUUGGUGCUGAUCCCGCUGGUGUUGAUCCCGUUGGUCCUGACAGCGUGCCUCUGACGCCUACACAAAUGAUCCUCACAUCGGAGACGACAGGGAGUAGCGCAGAUCCUACAGACGCAUUUCAAUCCACGUCCAUCACCAAUAUGGCAUCGACUUCGAACCAUGAUCUUACACUGGGCGUGUUGGGCAAGCAGGUGCCGGAGAAGAGUCCAACGAUAACAUGGAAUGAUGGUCAUGUCACGGUGCUCCCUGCAGUGUACGACAAGUCAGGCAACAAUGUCUGUGAAGACGUCGAUAUUCCCAUCAUACAAUUCAUGGCCCAGUUGCCUAUAUCUACCUCGGAUUCCAGAAAUGUCGCUCAUAUUCCUUACGAUAGAAUCGCGCGGGAUGGUGUCUUGGAGCUCGUUGGGAAGUGCUUGAGCAUCAAUAAACCUGUUGUCAUCAGAGGAGAUGAACGCCAGAAAUACUCUGAUGAAUUAACCGCAGACUUCCUGGACAAGCGGUUCGCCAUAUCACAACAUCGACCAGUGUGCAUUCAUGAUGUGAUGCUGCGUUCACAUGACCACGUCAACACGACGACCACUGGAACGAUCCAUUCGUUCUUCGAUGCCAUGAUGGAUCCGACGAGGAUACAAUGUAUCCUAGACUUGCCCCUCGCCCAAAUAUCGCUUCCCGAGCCACUCAGCAAUCUCGACCAUGGCCUCGUAUACGGAUGGAAUCAAACGACCCAUUCAGUGCCGAUCCUGUCCAACGUUCAUCCAGAGAAUUUUACGGUUAAGGGGUGGGCAAUCCUUCAUCACGCCGGAUAUCUGACGUACCCUCAUCAUGAUGCUGAGGGGACAUUGACCUGGUUACGAAUGGAGGUCGGAGUUAAGUUCUGGGUGAUUUUCAGGCCGAAGAAGAAUCAUCACGAUAGAAUUCAUCUGCAGGAGUUCGUAACGAAGCUGGUCGACUUCACCAACCACCAAGAAUGGGUUCGGAAGCACUGUGAUGGUGAAGUCAUUGCUCUUCGGCCAGGGGACAUUUUGAUCAUGCCUCCUGGAACGGUUCAUGCGGUAUAUACGCCCGUUCCAUCAUUCGCGACAGGUGGACACUUUUAUCAUUAUAUGUGCCUACACCUCACGGAACUCGCGAGAUACAUCGACGCGGAGGUUGCUGAUUCCACCACAAAUCAAGCUCUAGAGCACGCGCUGGAAACGCUGCGCCGAAUGAUCAUUAUGGUUCCGUAUCUCUCACGGCGUACCGUGUUGUACAAGCGACCGGUGCUGGGGCUUUGCAUGAUGGUGACGAAGACAGCAGAGUAUCGUGCCAAAGGUAGCAGCAAACAGUCUGUAGCGAAGUCGGAGACCUCUCAGCCCAGUCAAGAUAUCGCAGACGUUAUCAUGCGGGUGUAUUUUCGGAUGUCGAGGAAGCUCCGCCCAGGUGCGGUUAUGUACGAUGGUGAUCAAAUGUCUCCUGGUGAGCUGGUCGAUCGAGAUGCGUUUGAGAAAGUAUUGCGAAAAUCGUUGAGACUUUAG